AUGUGGCCCCCACUUCAAGUCUUUAUACUCCUGCUCCUCGGUGUUGCGGUCCAAGCAUCCGAGCAAAAUCCCUGCCUGGAUGUGCGCACGGCAGGCUUUGUGUGCCUGAACUGCACCACAUUGGGCUAUUGCGUCAAGGAUGCCACUGGUAGCUGGGAGACGAUCUCGAUGCUGGGCUGUCAAUCGGAGCACAGCUUCUACUGCAGCGACGAGGGCACUUACGGAUGCACCUGGCAGGCACAGUGUCGGGUGCCCAAGCGGGGACCGUUCACCUGCCAGCAGGGUGGCGUGUUUCCCGAUCCCUAUGACUGCCGGCGUUACCAUGAGUGCAGUGACCUCCAGGUGGAUACGCCUCGUCAGUGCACCAACGGAGCGGGCUACUCGACGCUCACGGAGUCCUGUGUCUUGCCUCGCGACAGUGAGCAAUGCCUGAGCGCCCAGUUCAAUUGCAGUCGGUCCGGACAGGUUGGCGGAUGGAACGCGGACACCCGGUACUUCUAUGUUUGCGUCAAUGAGACGGCGGCCAACAACUUGUAUCCCCUGAUGAUGAAGUGCCGCGAAGGAUUCGUGUUCGAGAAUAAUGCGUGUGUUCCUCCGGAAUUACGGAAUGUUUAAAAUUAAUCUUUG